GCUCUGGUCUCUAUUCAAAUUUCUUAGUUUUUACAGUUCUGUAAUCUAAUUGAUUGCAUGUCAAUAUUCGAAGGACCAAUUUAAUGUACUAUAGCAAAGGCACUUGAAAUUUCAUGGCUUGUACGUUUAUAACCCUGAGUGAAUUGCAAUAGCAGAGUAUUUAUGGCCAUGUUUCUGAUAAAACCUUGAGGACUACAUGGUUUCAUGCUUAAAUCUCAAGGGGAGAUGGUAGGAUAUUAUCAUGUUUCCUUGGAGUGGGAGGUAAAGUGCUGGACUUGGUAUUUGAUACACUUAAGUUUGAAAGAUUUCAAUUAUGCUUUUCUGUUCUUAUUAGCAACAGUGGUAACAAGUUUAAGUGAAUUUAAACAAGUGGGUGAGAAUAGCAUAAUGAUGGCAGUACUGAUGUUAUCUGAAGUUUCAAUCGUUAGGUAAUACUUUGAAUUGAUCAUUAGCAGUAACAUCGCUGAAGGAAAUGUUGGUGACAGAGGCAAUCAGGAUUAGUUUGAGUUAUGCCUUACCUCAUUGUUCUGACGGACGCUGAUGGUCUUCUAAUUUUGUAUGCCAACAUAGAAAUUGGAAAGGUUUAUAGCGUUCCAAUUUAUGUGCAUGGCUGUUAGUAAUUGAAAAGAUAUAUAUUUUUUGGUUCUAGGUUGAGAAAGGAUCACUUGUAUUAAUGGUUCAGUAGGAUGACACUGAUAAUAUGUAGUGUAUAUGAAUCUGGAAAGCAUGGACAUGACGAUGAGGGUGAAUUAGUGAGUGUUAUUUCCUUGUACCUUAUAAUUUUUAAAAUUUUGAGAAAUUGUUUUACCUUGCAAUAAUCUGAUUCUUAUGGCUAUUCUCACUUUAAACAUUAACCAUAAUGGAUGCAGUAAACCUUUCUCAUGUUCAAACUUCAGCUGUAGUGAUUCUCUGUACUAGAAGUGGCUGUCUUUUUACAUUUGGAUUACUUGUCUGCAGAAAUCAUCUUUAUGCGCUUAGUGUCAGUGUCUAUGCAAUAAGCAUAACCCCUUUUUCAUUGCUCGUUGGUUGCAAUCUUAUUGUACUUUGUGAAUAUUAUUGCUUUUGUUCAAAACACCCUGUUGUUGGAUGCUGGCUAGAUUUAUGCUAUCAUUUGUCCUUCUGUAAGCUUGUGUCAUAGGCACUUCUUGCAGAAUGAUAGUUUCUCUUAUCAUUUAUUCUUCUGAAAGCACUGAAAUUCUUUGUCAUCUCUGAUUCCGAACUGCUGGUGUGUUGUAGGCCAUGUCAUUUUUGUUUUGCAUUUGAGGCGAAUAUGUUUUUUCUUCUCAUUCUUUUUUAUUUUCUCUUUUUAUACAUUGGUUCUUGUUAUCCUUUGUAAAAUGCUAGUUGAUUGCAACUAUCAAGGUCAAGCUUAAAGUUCUUAUUUCUCUAAAUUUGUUGACUAUAUAUGGUUUAUAUGUGUUUGUUGGACAGUUGUAGUAGAGUAGAUAUAUUUCAUUUUAUGAUACUCUCCUGUGUAGGAAUUGUUUUUGGGUCUAAUCUCCUGUGUAGGAUAUUAAGUGCAUGAUUUAGUGUCAAACUUCAUUCAUGCACCAUUUGAUGUUGUGCUAUUAUUAUGUUUGGUUGGUUCGUCUUUCUCUAACAAGGCAUGAUUUUGAUAAAUACUCAUAGCUAGUGGGAGAGUCCUUCUCUGUUGCUGACAUGGUAUUCCUUUUCUUCUCUGGAUUCUUGUGGUGAAAACUUGACUUUGUUUUUUUCUCAAUAGAUUGUUUUGAUAGUGGUAUCACCGAACUUAUGGUUGCUGGACCAUUUUGGAUAUAGAUACAUUCCAGGAACUUGAUAAUAUAAGGCCCUGUGUUUAUUCUGAUAGUGCUUAGCCCGGGACCACCACUAGUUGAAAACAUUGCUGGAAUUAUCAUGUUAUUGAUAUUUUUAUUACAUAGAAUGCAGUUGUCAUGAAAGGGACAACCAAUAUAAGUAGACGUUUCUACUUGAUUGUACCAAGGCUCCACUUGAUUUGGAGGAAAAUAUUUUCCAAGAAAAAUGAUUUCCUUCGGGAAAUAGUCACUCUAUUAUUUAAUAAAUUGAAAAUGACUAUAUUUUAUUUGGGAAGUUGGUUAGAAAUUGACAAUAACGACAGGAAUUAUAGUAGUGGGGGCGGUGGGAUUGCGGUAGGGCGGUCAAUGUCAGUCACUUUCUAUCUCUACAAAUUUGUAUCAUCCUAAGGCCACCAUAACUAUACCCAGACACCCAUCACUGUGCUGUCCUGCAUCAGUUAUUUAAUGAGUUUUUAACAAUUUUUCCUGUUGGCCAUGAAGUGAUUUUCUGUUGACCUAGUUGUUCACCAGGUUGUAAACACAAGAAAAUCCAGAAAUCAUUUUCCAGAGAUAUGAAAUGUUGUGUCUUUAUUCAACCGGACUACAAUUCUCCGAGGGAGAUAUUUUUUACUUGUUCUAUGAAACCAAGAAUUCAAUCACCAUGCAAGGAGAUAUAGGGGUUUCAAAAAGUACCGAUAAGGGAGCAACAUGGCAGCAAUUGGGCAUUGCCUUGGAUGAAGAGUGGCAUCUCUCUUAUCCAUAUGUCUUCAACUACCAUGGCCAAAUUUAUAUGAUGCCUGAGAGCAGUAUGAAAGGAGAGCUUCGUCUGUACCGAGCACUCAAUUUUCCAAUGCAAUGGACUCUGGAAAAAGUGAUCAUGAAAAAGCCUCUUGUUGAUUCCUUCAUAAUCAAUUAUAAUGGAGCUUAUUGGCUUUUUGGUUCAGAUCACAGUGGAUUUGGUACCAGAAAAAAUGGACAGUUGGAAAUCUGGUAUAGCAGCUCACCGCUUGGUCCUUGGAAACCACACAAAAAGAACCCUGUAUAUAAUGUUGAUAAGAGCUUUGGGGCUCGAAAUGGAGGCAGACCAUUUUUCUACAAUGGGAAUCUUUAUCGUUUUGGUCAAGACUGUGCUGAAACAUAUGGGAGAAGAGUGCGCACCUUCAAGGUGGAAGUUCUUACCAAAGACGAAUACAAAGAAGUUGAAGUCUCCUUAGGCUUAAUAGAGCCAAGUAAGGGGCGCAAUGCUUGGAAUGGUGCUCGCCAUCAUCAUCUUGAUGUGCAGCAGCUGAAUACUGGUGAGUGGAUUGGAGUGAUGGAUGGAGACCGGGUACCUUCCGGAGAUUCAGUUCGGAGGUUUAUUCUUGGCAGUGCUUCAGUUGCGAUUGUUGCUGUACUUGUUAUAUUACUGGGAGUACUACUUGGAGCUGUGAAGUGCCUAAUUCCCCUCAAUUGGUGCACUUACAACUCGGGUAAGAGGAGUGAUGCAUUCUUGGCCUGGGAAAGGUCACAUUUGUUUUCUUCGAAAGUGAGACGGUUUUGCAGCCGCUUGAACAGAGAAGUUUCAUUCUUCAGAGGUCGGAUUAAACCUAAUACCUGUGCUGGAAGACUGGUUCUUGCUAUACUUUUGGCAUGUGGAGUCGCAGCUAUGUGCACAGGGGUUAAAUAUAUAUAUGGUGGCAGUGGUGCAGAAGAAGCUUACCCAUUGAAAGGUCACUACUCAGAGUUCACCUUAUUAACAAUGACCUAUGAUGCUCGUCUUUGGAAUUUGAAAAUGUAUGUUAAACACUAUUCUAGAUGUUCCUCAGUGCGAGAAAUCAUUGUGGUGUGGAACAAGGGAAUACCUCCUAAAGUAAGUGAUUUUGACUCCACAGUGCCAGUUAGGAUCAGAGUAGAGAAACAAAACUCACUUAAUAAUCGGUUCAAGAUGGAUUCUUUGAUAAAGACACGAGCUGUUCUGGAGCUUGAUGACGACAUUAUGAUGACUUGCAAUGAUAUUGAGCGGGGAUUCAGGAUAUGGCGUCAACACCCAGAUCGUAUUGUGGGUUUCUACCCCCGGCUAAUUGAUGGAAGCCCAUUGAAGUAUAGAGGUGAGAAAUUUGCCCGGACUCAUAAAGGUUACAACAUGAUUCUCACUGGGGCAGCUUUCCUUGAUAGUCAAGUAGCUUUCGAAAGGUAUUGGGGUGAAGAAGCCCGCCAAGCUAGGGAAGUGGUGGACAAGUAUUUCAACUGUGAGGACGUGCUGAUGAAUUACUUGUAUGCAAAUGCAAGCUCGUCUAAGACCGUGGAGUAUGUGAGGCCAGCGUGGGCAAUCGAUACGUCCAAGUUAUCUGGUGCUGCAAUCAGCCGAAAUACACGGGUUCACUACCAUAUAAGGAGCAACUGCCUCCUGAAGUUUUCUGAGAUGUAUGGAAGUUUGACUGGGCGCAAGUGGGAAUUUGAUGGCCGGAAGGAUGGUUGGGAUGUAUAGCCAGGCAGGUAGAGUAGCUAGUUGCUUAUCAACUCCUGAAUUUGUUAAUCCUUCUCUCUUCCUUUAGUGAACUUUUAGUAAUUUCUUUUCAUACUCCUUUCCCUCCCUAGCCCCCUGUGAAUUUCCUGUCGGGGAAUUUAGUUUUUCAAUAUAUUUGAAUUUUGAUCAGUAAGAUGUACAUUGUACAUUGCUAUUUUUUUGGUAUUUCUUAUGUGUUGGUGGAAAUUGAUCUGGCUUAAGUUUCUAUUCCUCUUGA